GAGGUGGGGUUGGAGGGAGUCAAAUAUUUAGGAGAGGGCAGGUCCCCGUCCAGCAAGCUACACAACUCCAAUUUCCCCUCCCCUUUCCCACCAACAGAUCAAUACUAGCAUUAACACUACAUAUGCAUCGUCCUCUGACCCUCUCUGCUCCCACAUGGCGGUUCGGAAAGGCGCUCCUCUCCCUCUCCCAGUAGAACGUCUUCCCAACUGAACAUUAACACUGGUGUUCCAGAUAUCCCUCCUUCUUUCCCAUAUCUUCGUCUCUGAGAGAAAGAGAGAGUGAGAGUGGGAGGGUUGGGGACUUCUCCUUUUGUCAAGUUUGUUGGUUUGCCCCAAUCUGAACGAUGGGGUUGGACGACGGGAAGGGUGCAGCCGGCCACAGCUUUGAGGUUGAGAGCACGGGCGGCGAGCGGGUGGGGUUCAGCGGUCCGCUGAGCAAGAGGAGCAGCAAGAAGAGCGCUCGCUUCAACAUCCCCGGCGAGACGAGCAGCAUGGCCGGUGACGAUGCCUACGUCGAGAUCACCCUCGACGUCCGAGAUGACACGGUCGCCGUCCACAGCGUGAAGACGGCGGGCCAGGACGAGGAGGAUCCGGAGAUCACCCUCCUUGCUAAGAAUCUCGAGAAGAAGUCGUCCUUCGGCUCGAAUAUUGUCCGGUCGGCCUCCAACCGGAUACGGCAGGUAUCUCAGGAGCUGAAACGUCUCGCCUCCGUCACAUCGAGCCCCGCUGGCGCCAAACUCGACCGGUCUAAGUCGGCCACAGCCGGCGCCCUCAUCAGUCUCAAGUUCAUCAGCAAGGCCGACGGCGGCGCUGGCUGGCCUGCAGUCGAGAAGCGCUUCAAGGAGCUUUCCAUCGAGGGCGUUCUUCCCCGAUCUCUAUUCGGCCAGUGCAUCGGGAUGAAGGAAUCGAAAGAGUUUGCCAUCGCCUUGUACGAUGCUUUAGCUCGGCGGAAGAACAUCGUAGCCCCUUUCCUAACCAAGGAUGAGCUUCGUGACUUCUGGGAGCAAAUCUCCGAUCAGAGCUUCGACGCAAGGCUUCAGACCUUCUUCGAUAUGGUCGACAAGAACUCAGACGGUCGGAUUACUGAGGCAGAGGUUAAGGAGAUCAUCACUCUUAGCGCGUCGGCAAACAAGCUAUCCAAGAUUAAGGAGCAAGCUGAAGAGUAUGCGGCUCUUAUAAUGGAAGAAUUGGACCCCAACAAUCUCGGUUACGUGGAGGUUUACAAUCUGGAAACGCUGCUGCUGCAAGGACCGAGCCAAUCGGUGGCGCCGAUGUCGAACAGCCGGAACUUAAGCCAGAUGCUGAGCCAGAAACUGAGGCCCACCAGAGAGAGCAACCCCAUCAAGAGGUGGUACAGUCAAAUCAAAUAUUUCUUGGAGGACAACUGGCAAAGGUCGUGGGUUACUUUGCUCUGGUUCGGCAUAAUGUGUGGCCUCUUCACCUGGAAGUUCAUCCAGUACCGGCACAGAGCCGUGUACCAUGUCAUGGGCUACUGCGUCUGCGUCGCAAAGGGCGGUGCAGAGACACUCAAGUUCAACAUGGCUUUGAUCCUUCUCCCUGUCUGCCGGAAUACAAUCACAUGGCUGAGGAACAGGACCAAACUGGGAGUCGCCGUCCCGUUUGACGACAACCUGAAUUUUCACAAGGUCAUUGCUACGGGUGUGGUAGUGGGAACAGGACUGCACGUGAUAUCCCAUUUGACGUGCGAUUUCCCCCGCCUCCUACAUGCUACUCCCCAAGAGUACGAGCCCAUGAAGCGGUUCUUCGGCGAAAAGCAGCCCCCAAACUACUGGUGGUUUGUGAAGGGUACUGAAGGGUGGACUGGUGUGGUAAUGGUGGUCCUGAUGGCCAUCGCCUUCACCCUUGCUACCCCUUGGUUCAGGAGAAACAGGCUGAACGUCCCCAAACCUUUCAAAAAGCUGACUGGUUUCAAUGCCUUCUGGUACUCCCACCAUCUUUUUAUCAUCGUUUAUGCUCUGCUCAUCCUCCAUGGUUACCAACUCUACUUGACCCACGACUGGUACAAGAAGACGACAUGGAUGUAUCUUGCAAUCCCCAUGUUGCUGUAUGCGUGCGAGCGCCUGACCAGGGCACUCAGGUCUGGGGUAAAACCAGUUACAAUCCUCAAGGUCGCUGUGUACCCUGGAAAUGUUCUGACUCUGCAGAUGUCGAAACCAAAUGGCUUCAAAUACAAGAGUGGGCAAUACAUGUUUGUUAAUUGCGCAGCCGUCUCGCCAUUUGAAUGGCAUCCUUUCUCCAUUACCUCUGCUCCAAGUGAUGAUUACGUGAGCGUCCACAUCAGAACACUAGGAGAUUGGACUAGCGAACUCAAGGCCGUCUUUUCCGAGGUGUGCCAACCACCAGAUAGUGGCAAAAGUGGCCUUCUUCGGGCUGACUACCGUCGUGAUGGCGGCAACCCAAGCUUUCCAAGAGUGUUAAUCGAUGGACCUUACGGAGCACCAGCUCAAGACUACAAGAAAUAUGAAGUUGUGCUGCUUGUGGGGUUGGGGAUUGGAGCGACGCCCUUCAUCAGCAUUGUUAAGGACAUAAUUAACAACAUAAAGGCUAGAGAUGAAGAAGAUGAGGAGAUGGAGAGGGGUGACGGAGGCGGCAAGCCCCGGAGGAGGUCGACGUUCAUGACGUCGAGGGCCUAUUUCUACUGGGUGACGAGGGAGCAGGGCUCAUUUGACUGGUUCAAGGGCGUGAUGAACGAGGUGGCGGAGUCGGACCAGAACGGGGUGAUCGAACUCCACAACUACUGCACCAGUGUCUACGAGGAAGGCGACGCGAGGUCCGCGCUCAUUGCGAUGCUUCAGCAACUCAACCACGCCAAGAACGGCGUGGACGUAGUGUCCGGCACCCGCGUCAAGACGCACUUCGCGAAGCCCAACUGGCGCAGCGUCUUCAAGCGCAUCACUCUCAAUCACAGGGAUUCUAGAGUUGGGGUUUUCUAUUGUGGGGCUCCGGCGCCUACCAAGGAGCUGAGGCAGCUGUCUCACGAUUUCUCAAGGAAAACGAGCACCAAGUUCGACUUCCACAAGGAGAACUUUUGAUUAGACACGGCUUCGUCUCUCUCCCUCUCUCUCUCUCUCCCUCUCUCUGUGGCCCCUCUUCAUCAACCUUCCUCAUUCAAUGGACGGCAGUUCAUGAUCCACAAUAUUGGGCCCGAGUUUGUACGUUUCUUUCUGGUGAAAGGCGACAUGGGGCUUAAUUUCAACCUGGGUCCCGGCGGCUGAACAGCUUGUCGACAGGCGCAACAACCAUUUUUUUCAAACUCCACCGGUUCGGCGUCCCCACCACUUUAUGUAGGUGGGCCAGUUAAUUGGUUCACGCGGGAUGGAUGGUGGUGAGUGAAAUGCCUUAUACAAAAUAUCAAGUAGAUUGGUGCGACUGGGAUUAAAAAUUAUCAUGUAUUUAAUACGACCCGAAUUAAUGGGACCUUUGGGUUUGUUAUGUCUUUAGCUACCAGUCCUUUAAUUAAUUUGUUCAUGCACGUGAAUGGUGUUGGAUAUGUAAAGCAGGAAAGAAGAAAGUAAUAAAAAAUGAAGGAAUUUCUUUAA